AUGGGAAAGUUUGUGGUGCAGCCUGCCUUUGGCCAAUCGCCGCGGUUCAGCCGAGUCAUCCUGGUCGCAGAGCUUCCACUGCAAGGUACGUACCUCCGGAAGCUGUCACCUCAGGCUGCAUCCUACAUUUUCGCGCUAAGAAAUUUCCCCGUCCCUGGAAAGGAGCCUCUCGUGAUCCAGACUGCGAAUCGGAUUCUGUGCGCCAAGCAGGAUAACAUGACGAUCAGAGCAUUGAAGACGGUGUCUACCGGCCGUAACGGCCUCGGCUCUUUCAUCCUCCAGUGCAAGAAGCUGGACUUUCACUACUGUGACUGGGCCGGCAGCUCCAAGGGAAUGAAUGGCUUCAUCAAGUCUCAACUUCCCAAGUUCGCCGCCGCCAACCCCCAAGUCGAGUUCACCGUGUCGCCCCGCCCGUCGAAACAUCCCAUCAUUGUUGGCCACUACAUCAACGGCCGCGAGAAGGCUAUUUGCGUUCGGAAUAUGGAGCCAAUCGAGAUUUUGAAGAAGGCUGAACUUCUGCGCGAUGCCAACGGAGAGAAGCUGAAGAGAGUCAACAAGCCGGUCAACAGUAUCAACCCCAGUGUCAGAGGUGUCUGGAGUCCUUACCACGGAAAUGGCAUGGCUGUAUAA